GUGAGUAACCGCCAAAUCUAUGCAUAAUACAAGAGUUUGGGUGCAGAUGUCAGCACGGUGCCGCUGCGUCGGAGAAAAGUGGGCUAGACGUAAGACGUGCAGUGCGUUGUUUUAAUUUUGUGCGAUUGUUAGGUCAGGAGAAUUCGGGAGACUUGUGAUUAUGAAACAAGUGUCGGCGGUGCACAACGCGAGAUAUGAAGACGCUCUGGAGGCAACAUGAGGAGAGGAGAGGCGAUGGCUGGCGCAAUGACAGAGGAAGAUAAAGAAGAGAACGGAGGACUGGACGAAGGACAGACGCCGAAGGAAAACGGAGCCUAUGGGCCGGCGGUUGCAGGAGUGCCUGAGACGAAGCCCGAGAAGCGAAGGGGUCGGUGCAAGUGGUUCAAUGUGGCGAAGGGCUGGGGGUUCAUCACCCCUCACGACGGCGGCCAAGACGUGUUCGUGCAUCAGAGUGUGAUCCAGAUGUCUGGGUUCCGGAGUCUUGGGGAUGAAGAGGACGUGGAAUUCGAGUGCAAAGUGUCUGACAAAGGCCUGGAGGCCACGUGCGUGACAGGUCCCGAAGGUUCCGACUGCAACGGCUCGCAUCGACGUCCUGUCUCGAAGAAACGAUUUCGGAGGAUACGGUGCUAUAAUUGUGGUGAAUUCGCAAACCACAUUGCUGCGAAAUGUACAAUGGGUCCACAGCCGAAACGGUGCCAUCAUUGCAAAUCUCAGGAGCACCUUAUUGCUGACUGCCCUGCACGUUCAGAUCGUAACAAGAAGGCGGUGGCUUCAUUCAGCGGAGAGGCAGAACAGGUAUCAGGAGAGGUGCUGCCUCAAGUGACAGAGGCGGGUAAGUAGGACCAGACGGCAAGGAGCAGAAGACGGCUACAGAAUGAAGCUCCAGUUUGCCGUAACAGAUGGCGUUACUGUGACCACUGACUCUGCCAUCUACCGCCAUCGUUGCGAAACUAAAUGUGGGUUGUAGUUUCCAAAUUAUGCUGUUUUAUGUGUAAUUUGCUAUUUUGUACUCUGCAGCUUAACCACCCAUGUAUGAACAGUUUCUGAUAUGUAAAUUAAAAUUAUAUUAGGUUUGGCGUCCAUCACAGCAAUAAAGCAACAUGCUGACAUAUCACUACUUCCAGGGAAAGCUGUGAACAAAAUGUACAUCUGGGAAUUUAUAGAAGGCCUUACAAAUUUCGAGUUGUCUCAAGAAUAAUGUAAAUAAUGUUGAAUCAUCUAGUUUGUAAUAGUUUCAUAAUCUUAGAUCAGUUGCACCAGAAAGACCUCAACUGCUAACAUUUUUACAAGCUUCUCUAUUACUGAGAGUUUUCAGAGACAGAGAAGUAUUUAUUACUUCGCAACUAAAAGGUUCUGUAAGUUUCCCACAGAUGUCAGUAGUUGGAUUAGUCUGACUGCGGUGAUUGAUUUUCAUGCGUUAAUGAGGCUUUUCUGGAAGCACGCAGCACUUAGAGCGCUAUUUUAAAUGUGUCCUGAAGUUGUUCAUAUCAGUAGCAAUACUAAUUUAUUAAGUGCUAGGUGAACUACAUAUCCUUUCGCUGAAAGUAGUGGUAUAAAAACUAUAUACUGGAAGUAAAAUACAAUUACAACGUACUUUGGCGGAAGUUAAAAAAGUGCAAUUUAUUUAUGGAGAAAAAUAUUACAUCAUCAUUAAUUUAUUUUGUAGUAACGAAGAAGAAAAAACAAAUCAUUACGCUGCAAUACUACGCUAUGCGAUGGCGAUAGAAGUGCCAUUACUUACAAAUUUAAGGUAAACUGCGGUGCUGUGCAUUCGACAGCGUCCUGUCUCAACGUCAUACGAGCAAAGUCAAACGAUGGUCCUAUGUUUAUCUGAAGGUUUAAUUAGUUAAUCAGUUCAAAUAUUGAAAUUUAAAUAUGAACUGAAGGAGAGACAUGAUUUUUACCAUUUACCACACGCUGCCUUUUUUGUUUUCUGUAGGAAGAGACUCUAAAAUAACUUCCUCCUUUUGUUCUUGAGAUGGAUCCUGCCGUACCAUUGGGCACUUUUAUUGAUCUAGAUUUCUGAAGAUUGCGCAAGUUUUCAUACGGGGUGUGACGCAAGCAGUCUUCAUUUGGUUAAGUAACUGAUAGGGAGCAAACUAUUCCAUUAAGUUAAGUCAUUGUCCAUUUAAUAAUUUGCCUUCCAGCGACUCUACAGAACUUGGCAGUUAAGCCAUUUUCAACAUUCAAAAUAUUGCUAAAAGUGUUUCCACAAUUCACUCUUUCUGCGCUACGAUCUUCAGUCCAGAAGCGUUGGAUCACAUUCUCUUGACGCGUCAGUUCUCGUUGGAGGCAAGACCCAUUUCUUGAAUUUAAAAAUACAUUGUUUUAUUAAUUUUUAAAAUAGUAUCUUGGUUCUGCAUCUGCUAUUCUACGGAAAUCAAGGAAAAUAAUUGGUAAUAGUUACUAAUAGCAAACUUCAGUUACUAUAUAAGACCAAUAAUAAUCGUACUUCCUUUUAAUAAAAUGUGUUCACAAAAACUAUUUUGUACUUAACUGUUAUGUAAAAAUUAACCAGACUUUUCAAUUUUUGUUUUUAUUAUGGUACAUGUUCCUAAUGUACAGUAUUUUGCGAACACAUGAUUUGAACGUACCGUGCUAGUUUUGUCACCCUUUAAUGUACAAAAUGUAAUAGACUAACAUGGCAGGGAUGUUUGUGUGAAUGCGUUUCCAAGAGAGAGAGAGAGAGGCUGUUUGCAGAUGCGUUCCUGUAAUAACGUUUCAGAAGUUUCAGUACUCGGACAGAAAAACGUGGGUGGUUCGGUGGUGUCCAUGCGUAUAUUUAGGUUAGGAUUUGUGAGUCAUGACAUUGUGAGAACAAGCUCUGUUUUCAGAAGUUCUGGAACACUGGUUUCUUCUAGGCAUGGUCCCAUGAGAUCACCCAUUUCAAUUCUUACAGUCCCACCAAGUUAUAAACCCGUCAGCAUGCGAGCACCUCUUGUUAUGUCCUAGGCAGAUGAACCAGAUAUGUGCUACCUGCAGACUUCCUGGUAGGGGCAUAGGAUUCCAAACAAACAACAUUUUGGAAACACGUUCUGAUCAGAAUACUAGCCAACGGAUAAUGCCCAGAAAUAUUCCUUUGUCAGAAGCCUUUAGGUUUUAUAUAUACAUUUACAUUUCAGUGUUCAGUGUUUUGUAAGUACAGUGGAAGUUCGUCUAAUUGACAUAGUUAUGAUGUUAUUUUUCACAAAAUUUAUGUGAGAUUGUCUUCCUGCCAUUGACUCUUAUAAAGCAUUGCUCGAACACUCACCAAACCACUCUGCAACACAAUAUUGCAUUUAAUUUCAACGAGACUGAAACAUUGGGAUAUCUGAGGUGUUUGGGACCAAGUAAGUGAGAAUACGCCAGUCUGUCUCCCGAAGGAACCGAGCAGUCUGGCUCAUUUUUCAGAAACGAACUUGUGCUGGAAAUUGUGUGAGAGUAGAAAGUAUGGAUGUAAUUUGUAAGAUGUUAACCUACGUGAUGUUCAGCAAAUAACAUUCAAGGGUGUGUUGCACUCGUAAGUAUUACUUUGAAUUUGAUGUUCAACAGACCAAGAAGUGAUGGACAAACCCUCGGUCCGCGCGCAUGUUUCUUAGAGUGACGGAUAACUUAUUUGUGGUGAUAUUCUUCCACGUGUCCAAUUCCUGCAGAUAAGAAAUCAGAUCUCAGUGUACGAACCCACCGGCCACUUUUGAUUUCACAAUAUCAUCAUGUCUUCGCACUGGCUGUGUCGUGAAGCUGGUACAAGUGCGUCAGUUGUUCUAGUGAAAUAGAGGUUUGUCCGUUAUUCAUCCUUUUUUAUUUUUUAUUUCUAUGUUGAAGUAAUAUAUAUGUUUGUAAUACAGCUCAGGGCAUUCCUUAUUGAACACUUCACAGAUUACCAGUCCUAGUUUCCUAGAAUGGAUGUUGCUAUUAGAAAGCAUGACAGAUGAGUUAUUCACUUGAAGUAAAUAACAGGAUUCUACAUUUACAAAACUGUGUCAUGAACGCUGUGUUAGACUAGCUCAAUAAAGCUUGAGUGUUGACCACAGACCAGCUAUUUCAAAAAAUUGGAAGGAAGACUUGAAACACCACCGGCUCAUCCAUUUUGCUAUUGGACAGAUAAACGAAUUUUAUCUCUGUGGGAUCUGAAGUGCUCAGCGUGGUAAAUAUGAACAUAGCUGCCUUCUGGGUUGUAGCGCCAAGUAUUCUGGUAGAAGUUUGCCAGCAUUUCAGAGGUCUUGUUGCCUCCAUCAAAAGGGCAGUGAGUGAAAGUUUACUAAAGGUUCUCUCUUAUAUACUGUCUCAUAGCACACAAAUCUUGUUAUUUAAAUUGUCAUAUUCAUAUUAACAAAGAUUAUUUAAAGGUGCUCAUACACCCAGCCUCCUCAGAAAGUUCAGAGACUGAACCUAACCUAAAAGCACUGUAUUUACAUGUAUCAGAUGUUAAUUCCCUUUAAAGUAGGCCCCUACUAGUGCUGGAAGCAGCUCUGAAACUCAGUUUUAUGAAAUUGCAAAUGGCUACUACAUUACAUUGUUUUGUUCAUUUUUUUUACAAAGUUUAGGGACCAGUAAAAUGGAUGAGAAAGAAGGCUGACUCACUUGUGGAGUACAUUUAGUUAAAACCUGUCACACAGGUUAGCUGAGUGAACAGGUAUACUGUCCUCUUGCACUAUUCCUGAUGCCCUGUCAUUCUGACCAUAUUAAGUGCAAAAUACAUUGGGAGGUAUGAGUACUGCCCCUUUCAAUACAAUUUUUAGGUUAGGACAUUUCUCUAAUACAUAGACUAGGUGUGUUGGUGUAAACACACUUUAAUGUAAUAUGCUUUUGUUGAAAGAUUUUGUAUUGAAAUUAGCAUAUAGUAUUUUAUUUAUAAUAUUUAAUUAUGACACAGUUUUGAUUGUAUCUUUUGCAAAUAAUUAAUUAUACGUAUUUAUUAUGUAACAUUUAUUGAUAAUUGUCACAUUUUCGUUUGGAAACAUUGUACUACAGGAUUGUGAAGUAUCCUGCUAAAUCAGAUGUAAGUGUGUGUGUGCGCGUUUUUAUACAUUUUAUGAAAAUUGUGUUAUGGUGACACUGAGUAGGUAUGAAGAAAACUUAAACUUUAUUCUUUCAUAGUGGAAUUUUUGUGUGUGUAUGGGUUUAUUUUGACAGUUUUCUUGACAAUACUCAUUUUAAAUGCUCAUCAAGGCCUUGGUUACGUGAAAUGUGUGUAUAGGUUAGGGCUUAGAUUGAACUUCAGUCCACCUCAGUAUAAUAGAGUUUCAACAACAGCCAGCAAACGCAACAUUUAACUACAAUAAUUAUUGUCUUGGAAUUACGUCCUUAACAUAUUUGGUUUUGCUGCCAAGUGAGAAGUGAAAUUCAAUAUUCGUUUCAAAUAAGGUGUGUUGGGCUUGCCGAUUUCACGUAGCGCUUCGAGAGCGCACGUGAUCUAUAAACCAGUACUUAAUAUUUUAUAAAUGCUUUAUUUGGAUAUGAAAGAUCACAUGUUCAGUGUUAUCACCAUUGGCACUUACGAAGUGAAGAGGUUACUAGAUGUUCCCGGCAAAAUUUUUAAUAACGGGAUCUGUACGUGGUAGUUUGAGUGUUGUGUGAAACUGUAGCUGCCAAUUGUUUUUGUACUUCUGAAUCUAGCCCUGCAUUUUGAAACUUUACGUGAUUCUUACAUAACUGCUUCAUAUUUCUUGUAUAUUAUCCUUUUUUAGUGUCCACACUUCAUGAAACCAAGGCUCUGGGUUUAUAAAGAAAUAAGUUCAUAAUCAAGGUUCCUAAAUGAAAGACUUCUUUUAUUAAGCACUACCUCAUGAGAGAAGAAACACCUCUGAGAUUUCCAAGUACAAAGGUCCAUUGGAAACGCUUUAUCUUAGGUACGCUAUGAUUCUGUACCUCAUCAUUAUUGAUGGGGCGGAAUAUUGACCUGUGAUAGAUAGGUACAGGUUUGCUGCUCCAGUAACUUGGGACCGGCGGCUACUAAUUUCAGUGCGGU